AUGAGUGCUUGGACGCAGCAAAAGCGCUGUGCCACGCGAACAGCUCCUGUGCCUUGUUGGUGCUACUCCCCAAUGUGCACGCGUCCGCCGACAAGCUGCAGGUCCUCAAGCACAAACGGACCGUUGAAGACGAGCUUUUUGGGGGGGCUUGAUGUGACAGAUGUCAGCCUCAGCUUUUGCGAUUCAGCGCAUAGCGGAGACAAACGCAAGCUAGUUCAACCUUGUAUUCUUGCAGUUUCUUCGAUUCACAGGAACCAUGGUUGGGCCAAGUGCAAAUCAUUGCUUGGGUUGUUGGGGCCAGUGACCCGAGCUCGGGUGAGUGAAUUGAUUUCAGACGAUCACGAAAAGCCAGCCAACCCGCCGCAACGUGCAGCCCAGCGCGGAGUGCAAGCAACCAAACAAAUCAUUGAGAUGCUGGUGGAUGGAGUGGGGUUUGCAGAGGGUGUGCCAAUGUUUGUUGUGGAGAUGCUACACUCCAAGUACAUGGAAUGGCCGAAGGCAGCGUGGGAGCUGCAGAACAAGCAGCUGAGUUCUGCAGCAACCACCAGCUGGCAUUUUGUGUCUUACAUGACAGAUGACGAUGCAGAUUCCAGUGUUGGUCACAAGUUCAUGGCCAGUAAGAUAAACUCAGAAUGGUGGGACAAAUGCUCAGAAGCUGGCCCGGCCACACGGCCUCAGUCUGGAUCGCCGGAAAAAGUGCCGGAUCUCACACUUGCUGUGAUUGCCAAUGGCAAAGUAAAGUUACCUGACGCGGUCAUUGAAUCCAUUGGUAGCAACGGUGCAGAUUUGCAGAAGACCAUCCAAGAGUUCAAUGAGUCUGCACUGAUCAGUUUUCUGGCUCCGGAAUGA